CCAGAACAAAUGGUUUAAAAGUGACAAUUCUUUUACGAGUAACCCGUUGAUUCGUAAUUUCGCGGAAAUUUAGACGAUCAAAGUUACUCACUGGUCAUACAGUAGAUACUCAGAGAGUGAUUACAUGUGCGUUAAAUUUCGGAAGCAUCUCUGAUUUCAUAUGUCCAAGGAGUUGGCGGUGAAGACGUCCGGCGAGGGAUUUUCCAAAAUUUAAGCAAAAAUGAAUGAUGAUACGGCGAUAGGAAAUUUUAUAAAAGCGUGGAGUGAUUUCGAAUUAAUUUAGUCGACGGCGCGACUCCCAAUAGUAAACAGCACCAGUUCUAAAACGGUUUAACAUCCUUUUCAUCGAAUUGCUAAAAAUAAAAAAUAAUGCGCUUGAAUUUAGUUCCGAUGUAUCAACACAGAUAAGCGGUGUUUGUCAUUCAAAAAAAAAAUUAACGUUCGAAGUGAUUUGACACAAACGAAGCAAUGAAAAGAAGGUUCAUUUUCUGCUUAAUUAAAGAACCGGACCAUUACUUUUUUAUAUAAAGUUUUGUGGCAGUGCCAACCAGAUUGUAUAAAUAUAAUGGCAAUAAAGUGUCUUCCUACGCUUGUAUUUAAGAGCAUAUUAGUGUGUGGACUAGUUUUAUUAAUAAUUUCCACCUGUGAAUCGCAACUGUCUAGACAAGAGAAUGUGAAGAGGUUUCAGAGGCACAUGGAGGUCCUGAAAAGAUUUCCUUGCGAUCUUCCGCAACCGCGCUCGAUUAGUGUAGAUGAACUGUUAAGUGACAGGUUAGAGACGUUUGAAAGUGCACAACCACAUACGACCGUCUUGCACAGGUGCGAUUCCGGUACCGGUUGCUGCUCUCAGAAGUCACACGUGUGCACGGUGGCCCACUCGGAACAAGUGGAACUCCAUUUUUACGUGACGGACACGGUGCGACAACGAAAUUCGGAAUUUAGAGAGUUCUUAGUUACAAAUCAUACCAGAUGUUCCUGCCAAUCGAAAAAGAACGAUAUAAAAUAAUUAAUGUCAAAACACGAGACUACUUAAUUUUAAAUUUCAAAGUGACUGAGGCAUUCGAAUGCAAUUAUUGUAAAUAAUUCGUUGUAUUAAUUAUCUAAUACACAAUGUGAUUUGUAAGAUAUUAAUGUAAGUUAUUUAUUUAUUUUUAUACUUAUUAAAGAUGUGUGAUAUUUAUAUUUAAGCGAUAUCUAUUGUGAAAUUAUUUUUCCUCCAUUUAAGGCCGAUAUUUACCUAUAUACGAUUUUUAUGGUAUCCAUUAAAUCGCUUUAUUUGGACGUAUAUGUCAUACUUGUACUUGUUUAAAUUCAUUUCGUUAGCAUGUUUUACUAGGUGCCACACUGUUACGAAGCUCCUUACAAUUGUAGGGAAUUAAUAUUGAAGCAAGAAUAUUUCAAAUUGACCAUCUAACCUCAGAAGGUUUCGCUUUAAAUUUCAAAUCGGAGGAUAUCUCAACGAAGAAAGGUCUUCUCUUUUGAUAUAUUACGAGUAGUAGGGAAACACUGCUAUGGUGACCAAAAAUGUAUUUAUUAUCAAAAAAAAAGUCAAAUUUUCAUUAAUCGUUAACAUUAAAAGCAAAUCCAGAGUGCCGUACUCUACUGCAAAAACCACAAAUAAUAGGUUGUUGCAGGUACAGGUUUGUUAAAAGCAAACUGGGAGAACAGUGGGCAGGUGAACGAGGUGGGUAAAGGUACAGCCAAGCAAAAGUUGGCAAAUUAGAUUUGGCCAAAAACAUUGAAUGAAGCAAUUCCAGCAGGGAUUAGUAGAAGAGAACUGGAAUAAUUAAGAAUUCAUAUACAGUACGUAUAUUUUAACUCUGAACAUAUAAAUCUCAUGUUCAAUUCUCGUUGCAUUGAUAUGCCUGACAGUUAUGUAACCCACCUUACUACCAAUUUGACAGCAGUGUAAAAAACUAAAUA